AUGGCGAUCGACGUGUCCUUCCUUCUCGAGUUCCUGCAGACCUUCAGCAAGAACAGUAACCAGAGGGCACUGCAGAGGAUCCCGUCCAGGAUGUCCCAUCUGGUCGACCCCUCUCGCCGGACAUCCUCGCACAGCAUGCUGCUACGGGACAUGGUGAUGCUAGAGAACCAGGUCCCCCUCUUUCUGCUCCUGAAGGCGCUCGAGACCCGGGGCUCGGCGGCGCAGCCCGCGCUGAGCUCCAUGCUGGCCGGGUUCUUCCAGGAGGUCUCCACGUUCAGAGGAAUUGGCUGCCCGUGCACCGACGCCAAUCGGCACGCCCACCUGCUGGAUUUCCUGUACUCUAACAUGGUGCCUCGGUGCACUGAAGAAUCUACCGGGGAAGCCGGAGACGAGUCACGCCACGGACACGAUCGCAGGAAGAGGACACUGAACUCGGCCACGGAAUUGCUUGUCAGGCGCGGCUCGAAGAUCUUCUCGGUGGUCAUAGAUUUCACGCUGAGGCUCCUGCUAAAGUUUGUAGCCAGCCUCCCCUGCCUUUCGAUACUCGGAGAGCCCAUCGAGCAGCUGACGCAGCAGGCGUCUGAACCAAGAGGCGCGUCAGGUGUUCAGAACAAGGACGCCGCGUCGCCCCUGCUCGAAGAGAUCGCGGUGCCAUCCGUCGCGGAGCUAGCGUACGCCGGCGUCAAGUUCUGCCCGACGGUCGGCGACCUCUCCGCGAUCGGCUUCUCCCCGGCGACGGCGACGCUGCACCUGCCGGUUGUCGGCGUCGACGUCAACAGCGAGGUCGUGCUGCGGAACCUGGUGGCGUACGAGGCGUCGGCGGCCGCCGGGCCGCUGGUCCUGGCGCGCUACGUGGAGCUGAUGAACGGGAUCGUGGACACGGAGGAGGACGCCCGGGUGCUGAGGGAGAGCGGCGUCAUCCUGAACCACCUCAGGAGCGACCGGGAGGUGGCCGAGCUGUGGAACGGCAUGACGAGGUCGGUGAGGCUGACGAGGGUGCCGGCGCUGGACAGGGUCAUCGACGACCUGAACCGGCACCACGGCGGCUGCUGGAAGGUGAGGGUGAGGACGUUCGUGAGGGCGCGCGUCCUCGGGUCGAGGGAGCUGCUCGCCUGCGUCGCCGUGGUCGUGCUGGUCCUCUUCAUCGGCCUCCAGGCGUUCUGUGUCGUUCGUGGCUGCGUCCCUGUUUCGUACGGGAUGGCCAGCAGAAAACUCGGUGCCCGAUGA